AGGGGUGAGGAUGGAGGGAGACUGGGCCGGGAGGCUGUGUCGGACCGGGCCCGCCAGCCUCCGCUGGGCUGAGCGGAAGCGGGGACCGCGGUGGGGACAGUGCUUUUUCUUCCGCCCCGCCCCCUGGGACCACCUCCACUCCCCCCUGCUGUCCGGUGGCGGCUGUCUGGCCCGGGGCUGGUAGCUGGGCUCGCCCAGGCCGCCCUUUCAGGCCUCUGGCUCCUGACCCGCGGAAAGGCCACCUCCCUGCGGUCACAGCAGGCCCUUCUCAGCGCCCAGCUCCACUUUUCCACGGAGAAGAGGCCGGUUGGGAUUCCUGGAGUUUCCCGCCAGAGCAGGGUCCUCUCCAAGGGAGAGCUGUUUUCACCAAGGAAGUUCCGCUUUCAAUCCCACCUGCUUCACCUCUCCUCUUCCUUGAGACCUGAGUGAUACUUCUUGACUACUUCUGUGUCUCACGUAAACAGUUCUCCAACUCUUUUACCCUGUGGUAUUUCCCUGAGAUGUGAUAUCGCUAGUACCACCACCAGAGAGAACCGUCUGGACCCUCUGCACAGGUUAUGAAACCCCCCUUAACUGCCACAAUUUUCUUACCUGGCUCAUCUCGUCUUGGAUUUUGUAUCUUUGCUAAAAUCAGUGAUGUAAAAAGACCUGAAAUGGACGAUACUGCCGACGGGAUGAAGAUGGAUGCUGGAGAAGUGACUUUGGUGAACCACAACUCCACCUUCAAAACCCAUCUCCUGCCACAGUCAUGUUUUCCAGAGGACCAGCUUUCACUUUCUGACCAGCAGAUCCUGCCUUCUAGGCAGGGGACUUUGGACCGACUUUCCCCAUGUUCUACAAGAAGUGCAGCUUAUCAUCCAGAUUAUUACUCAGGAUUCUUUGUCAGCAAGAUGAGAUCUCCUCCCCUAAAAAGACAUAACCCUUCCUCAGACAGUUUCCUUGGCUCAGAUGACACAAGAACCUUCGGUCAAAGUGCAAAUGGACAGUGGAGAAACUCCACUCCAGCAUCAGUCUCAACGUUACAAAAAUCAAGAAAUAGCCGAAGUCUUUACCUCGAAACCCGAAAGACCUCAAGUGGAUUAUCAAACACCUUUACAGGAAAGUCAAAUCAUCACUGCCAUGUGUCUGCAUAUGAAAAGUCAUUUCCUAUUAAGCCUGUCCCAAGUCCAUCCUGGAGUGGUUCAUGUCGUCGAAGUCUUUUAAGCCCUAAGAAAAUGCAGAGGCGGCAUUUCAGCACAGCAGAAGAGACAGUUCAAGAAGAAGAAAAAGAGAUCUAUAGGCAGCUGUUGCAGAUGGUCACAGGGAAACAGUUCUCUGUAGCCAAGCCCACCACACAUUUCCCUUUGCACCUAUCUCGAUGUCUUAGUUCCAAUAAGAACUCCCUGAGAGACUCCUUGUUGAGAAAUGGAAACUCUUGUGCAUCUCACGUCUUUGGCUCAGAUACUUCAUCCUCUGGCUCUGCUAGUGUUGUAACUGCGCAGGAACCACUGGCCCACGGUGGUGCGGUUCCCCUGUCGUCUUGUGCCCGAGAUGCUGCAUUUGGACCCAAAGCCUCUGCUCCUUACCGCCGGUCUCACUCUCGCCUCUCCACCCCACCUCAGCCAGAUAACUUGCCAGCAUCAAGUACACAGUCUGAAGGAUCAGACUCUGUGAUUUUACUCAAAGUGAAAGAAUCUCAAACUCCAGCUUCCAGUCCUGCUUUCUUCCAGGCAGAGCUAUGGAUCAAAGAAUUAACGAGUGUCUAUGACUCUCGAGCCCGGGAGAGAUUCCGCCAGAUUGAAGAGCAGAAGGCACUGGCAUUGCAGCUUCAAAACCAGAGAUUGCAGGAACAGGAACAUGCAGUCCUCGAUUCCAUAGAACUGCACCUUCGUGUACCUCUUGAAAAGGAGAUUCCUGUCACAGCCACCCAGGAAACCGCAAAAAAAAGUCACCAGCUAACUGAUAGUGAAGACGAAUUUCCUGAAAUUACAGAGGAAAUGGAGAAAGAAAUAAAGAAUGUAUUUCGUAAUGGUAACCAAGAUGAAGUCCUCAGUGAAGCGUUCCGCUUGACCAUUACACGCAAAGAUAUUCAAACUCUAAACCAUCUAAAUUGGCUCAACGAUGAGAUCAUCAAUUUCUACAUGAAUAUGCUGAUGGAGCGCAGUAAAGAGACGGGGUUUCCAAGUGUCCAUGCAUUUAAUACCUUCUUCUUCACUAAGUUAAAAACAGCUGGUUAUCAGGCAGUGAAACGUUGGACAAAGAAAGUGGAUGUAUUUUCUGUUGACAUUCUUCUGGUACCCAUUCACUUGGGUGUGCACUGGUGUCUAGCUGUCAUAGACUUUAGAAAGAAAAGUGUCACCUACUACGACUCUAUGGGUGGAAUAAACAAUGAAGCCUGCAGGAUCCUCUUGCAAUACCUAAAGCAAGAAAGUGUUGACAAGAAGAGGAGAGAGUUUGACACCAAUGGCUGGCAGCUCUUCAGCAAGAAGAGCCAGGAAAUUCCGCAGCAGAUGAAUGGAAGUGACUGUGGGAUGUUUGCUUGCAAGUAUGCUGACUGUAUUACCAAAGACAGACCAAUCAACUUCACACAGCAACACAUGCCGUAUUUCCGGAAGCGAAUGGUCUGGGAGAUCCUCCACCGGAAGCUCUUGUGAAGACUGUCUCAGAGAACAGACAUGAUAGUAUGGGGACCAGCCCUUUGCCAUCUACAGCCAGAGACCUUGGGACAGCUGCUCCUCACCCUGUUCUUGUGCAGCCCUUGAUCCUGGACCAGCCCAGGCAAGAUGCACUCACAAGCACAUCUGCCUUUCCUUUUGUAUCUCAGAUACUAUUUUUGCAAAGAAACUUUGGUGCUGUGAAAGGGGUGAGGGACAUCCCUAAGCUGGAGAGAGACUGCUUUUCACCUCAUUUCUGCCAUCUUGUUUCCAAAGGGCUCCAGCCUCACUGAGUCCCUAAUUGGGAGCCCACGGAAAGCUUGGGAAGAAUCUUGGUUUCUUAUAAACUCUUGUUGUUAGGCCUUACCGAGAAGUAGGAAAGGGCAUGGACAGCAGGUAGGGAUAAAAACCACCAGCACGUAGACAUACACAUGAUUCCCGAGAUGCAGAGGUAGGAACGGGACUGUAAACUGGACUUGGAGGCCCACGCUUAAGUCCCUCCUGCAGAACCCUUCCUGUUUCUGUGCCCUGAUGUGAAACCCAACUGCUUCUCCUCAAAGCUGUUUGGUCACUGGUAGGGUCAUCCCACGCCGAGCACAGCGCACAAGCCCUGGCAGACCCUUAAGUUAUGAGAGGCCUUUCCUGGCAAGCAGGGCUUUGCGUGUGCUAGCGUAUGUGCUGUGGAGAGGACGCCCCCCAGAAGUGCUGAGUGCAGCGACAGGGCCCCGCUUCACUGUUGCCUGCUUCUGACCAAGAAGAAGGACCUCGGUCUUUAGCAUCAGAUACCAGAGUUGGAUGAAUACAGGUCUAGAUGGUCUGUGGCUAGUUAGUUUAAAUGUGUUUCUAACCACAGAGAAUUUUAUAUACAUAUAUACUUAUCUAUAUGUGUGUGUAUAUACAUGCAUAUAUGCACACACACGUGAAAUAUAUAUUUCACAGGGGUAUGCUUUUAAAAGAAAAAAAAAAAGACUGAAUGUGUUCACCAUUUAGUCUGUAGGUUUAUUUUCAUCUUUAAGAUUCCAGCACACGGUGAUCCCAACAGCUGCUCUGCAUUGGGUGUUUGUAGACUUCCUAAGAGUAUUUUGCAAUCUGGAUGAAUUUUGGCUUAGGAGUAAAGGUUAUCAAGGUAAACAUCAUUUUCAGCUGAAAAAAAAAAAAAAACAACAACAAAACAACAAAAAACGGGUGGAGUUAAAUUGCUAAGCCUGAGAUUUUCAAACUGCUAUUCCUUUUGUUCUUUCUACAUCUCUCCCACCCUCUGAGAGCUCCUAAGGUCUAGAUGGUGAGAUGAUCCAAUGCCAGUGUCAUUUUGUACUUACGUUCCAGAGCAGGAACAUUUUAUACUUUUCUGUAUUGUAAUGGGUAGUUUUAUAUAAACUCUUCUCCUCUCCCCGGAGCCCCGCCCUUUCCAGCAUUGUGCUUCCUCCUUGGGCUUAUUUGAAAAUUCUACUCUGUUUUAUACCAAGCUUGUUUAGUACAUUUUUCUAUGUUUUACCACAGGUUACAAUUUGAAAACAACAACAGCUAUUUUUUUUAAUAUUCCAUUGUUAAACUGAAUGUUCGCGUCUCCACUCCAGCACCUAGUGUCCCCGCUCUUCCUUGCCCCUGCAUGUUGGAGGAAGAGACCCCUUUGUACACUUACGUUUCCUUCUUCUGCUCCUCUCUCCUCUGCCCUCCCUUUCUCUUUCUUUUGAUUUUCCAUAGGAAAUAAAUAGCUUUCUGUGUCUGA